AUGCCGAGUGUGACAGUGAAGGAUGUCAACCAGCAGGAGUUCGUCAGGGCUCUGUCCGCCUUCCUCAAGAAGUCUGGCAAACUGAAGGUCCCGGAGUGGGUCGACACUGUGAAGCUUGCCAGGCACAAGGAGAUGGCUCCCUGUGAUGACAACUGGUUUUACACCAGAGCAGCGUCCACAGCCCGUCACCUGUACCUGCGAGGAGGGGUGGGCGUCGGCUCCAUGAUCAAGAUCUACGGAGGGCGUCAGAGGAACGGCGUGUGCCCCGCCCACUUCAGCGUGGGCUCCAGGAACGUGGCGAGGAAGGUCCUCCAGGCCCUGGAGGCCCUCAAGAUGGUGGAGAAGGACCCCAGUGGUGGACGGAGACUUACCCCUCAGGGCCAGAGAGAUCUGGACAGGAUCGCUGGUCAGGUCGCCUCAGCAAACAAGAAGCAGCAAAGUUUACAAAGCGGCGUCUGA